AUGUCGCUUGAGGCUCUCGUGUCCACCCCCGACAAGCCGCCAAAGCCGCCCUCGCCGCUGCGCAUCGCCAGCCAGCUCACGACCGCCUCGGCCAUCCUCUGGGACCCCAAGUUCACCUCGCGAGCGCCCCCGGGCAGCCUCCAGCCCGUCCACGCCGGCACGCUUGUCGCCCCGCACCGCACCGACUCGUCCAUCAGCGUCCGCAACCUCGGCGACGGCUACACACAGCCCAUCGUGCCUACCAUGGACAACCGCCGUCACCCCAGCUCCUUCCAGCAGCUCGAGAAGCUCGGCGAGGGCACCUAUGCCACGGUCUUCAAAGGUAGAAACCGCCAGACGGGCGAGCUCGUAGCCCUCAAGGAGAUCCACCUCGACUCGGAGGAAGGCACGCCCUCGACGGCUAUCCGCGAGAUUUCCCUCAUGAAGGAACUACGCCACGAGAACAUCGUCCUGCUGCACGACGUCAUACAUACCGAGAACAAGCUCAUGCUCGUCUUUGAGUUCAUGGACAAGGACCUCAAGCGAUACAUGGACUCGCGCGGCGACCGCGGUGCUCUGGACCCGGCCACCAUCAAGUCCUUCAUGUACCAGCUGCUCAAGGGAAUCGCCUUCUGCCACGAAGCCCGCGUCCUCCACCGCGACCUGAAGCCCCAGAACCUCCUGAUCAACAACCGUGGCCAGUUGAAGCUGGCCGAUUUCGGUCUCGCUCGCGCCUUCGGCAUCCCAGUCAACACCUUCUCCAACGAAGUCGUAACCCUGUGGUACCGCGCCCCCGAUGUGCUGCUCGGCAGCCGGACCUACAACACCAGCAUCGAUAUAUGGUCAGCAGGCUGCAUCAUGGCUGAGAUGUACACCGGGCGGCCGCUGUUCCCCGGAACCACCAACGAAGACCAAGUCCAGAAGAUAUUUAGGCUGAUGGGCACACCGUCUGAACGAUCAUGGCCAGGCAUCUCGCAGCUGCCAGAGUACAAGAACAACUUCCCCGUAUACCACACCCAGGAUCUGCGCCUUAUAUUGCCGCAAGUCGACCAGGUGGGGCUUAGUCUACUCAACUGCAUGCUGCAGUUGCGGCCAGAGAUGCGCAUUAGUGCUGCGAACGCCCUUUCACAUCCGUGGUUUAAUGACCUGCCUCAACGGCAGCAGGAGAUGCAGAUGCAGGCCCAAGCACAGGCACACGCGCAGGCCCAACAAGCGCAGAUGGGCGGCUACCAGGUGCCUCAAAACGCAUACUAG